AUGCGCGUCCUCCUCGCGCUCGCGGCGGUCACGCUGCUGCUGCUGUGCGGCACGGCGUGGCAUGUUGCCGUCGAGCAGUCGCGCAGCGCGGGGUGCGAGAUGACGUACAUGUAUGCCAAUUACAAGGAGGUGCAUGUACAGCGGGUUGCUGAGUCAGACAAGCGGUACAAGCUCUACCUGUACCGCGAAGACGGCGGCCCGAGCAAGCAAGCUAUGCCGCCCACUGGCCACCCGGUUCUCUUCAUUCCUGGCAACGCGGGGUCGUACCAACAGGUCCGAUCCAUCGCAUCAGAGACCUCCAGGGAAUGGGCGCGGCGCAAGACGCGGCGAGAGGCGGCCGCCGGCGGCGGCCACCCCGGUGGCCCCGCAGCCGGCAAGGACCUUGAUUGGUACGUUCUGGAUACGAAUGAGGAGCUGUCAGCCUUUGACUCGGUCCUGUUGGAGCACCAGGCCCGCUUCGCGCUCGCCUGCCUGCGCCACCUCGCCGCUGCGUACAACCUGCGCCCCCGCGGCGCCGCAAACGCGACUGCCGGCGGCCCCGCGGGCGCGGCUGCGACCGGCGGCGGCGUGCUGCUGUUCGGGCACUCGAUGGGUGGCGUCGUCGCGCAGCUGCUGCUGCUUGAGGCGUGGCGCGACCCCGAGCUCGGGCCAGGCAGCGUCUCGCUGCUCGUGACGCUUUCGUCGCCGCAGGCGGCGUCCCCGGUCAUGCUGCACCCCGCGAUGGGGCGCCUGUACGCGCGGCUGGGCGCGCAGCCGCUGCCGGUGGGCGUGCCGGUGGUGUCGAUAAACGGCGGCGCACGCGACGUGCAGGUGGCCGAGCCGCUGACGUCACUCGACGGGGUGACGAUCGACGCCUCGCACGCCUUUGAGGCCGCGACCCUAGACAUGCCCGGCGUCUGGGCGCAGGCCGGCCACAACGAGAUCGCGUGGUGCAACCAGCUGCUGCGGCGGCUGUCGGUGCUGCUGCUUGCGCUGUGCGAGGGGCGGCGCGGCGGCGCUGGCGCUGGCGCCGCGGAGGCAGCGGCGGCGGCGAAGGAGCGCAAGUUGCUGGAGGCAGCGCUGCCCCAGCCGCCGCCGCCGCCACCGCCGGGGGCGGGGAGCCGGGGGUGGCAAGGUGCCCACGGACUGCUCCUGUUGGACAGCAGCCACGAGGCGCCCCAGGCGCCGCCCCGCCCGCGGCGCCGGACGAUGCAGCUCCCGCUGCAGGGCGCGUCCGCCGCGGCCAAGGCGGUGCCCUCACAGGGGCAGUCUCGAGCCCGACACCGGCGGCCACGGCGGCUGCCACGGGAUACGGACGCAGCCCUUAUCAUGUACCGCCUGCAGGGUCGCGUCGCCCACUCCCUGGCCGCCACGCCGGCCGCCGCCGCGGCAGCCGCCUCCUGGGCCGCCGCCUGGCGCGCCUCCGCGGCCGAUCCAAACGGCACGGCAGUCGCGGCUGCGGGGCAGCAGCUGCUUGGCACCUUCUGGGGCCCCUGGGCGGCGCUCGACCCUUCGGUCGGGCCCAGAGCCUGCCGCGGCCACGGCCUGGGGUGGCAUAAAGCGCAGCUGGAAGCCGAAGAGGUGGCGACCACUUCGAUGUUCGUGCAUGGGUCCCACCUUGAUGACGGCCGCGGCAACCUGUUCACGUGGGAUGCUCGGCGCUUCACCACCAGCCAAGGCGGAGACAUUGACAGCGGCGGCGGCGACGGUGGCGGCAGCGGCAGCAGCACGGACGGCGACAGCGGCAGCAGCGGGGGCGGCCUGCUGCUUACGAUUUCCGCAGCAAAGCCGUGCGACGGCUUCCGCCUCUGGCUGGAGCUCGAGCCGCCGGGCGGCGGCGCCGGCGGCCCACGGCGGCUGAGGGACGAGGGGGGUUCGGAGGCGCCGCAGGGCCAGGCGGGGGCCGGCGAGCAGCAGCAGCAGCAGCAGGGCGGGGCUGACGUGGCAGACCCUGGGACGGUGGUUGUGGACCUGAGUCAUGCAGCUGCCAUGCUGCCGUGCUUGGACGACGCCGCGGCUCUAAGCGUCAAGGAUGCCGAGAAGUGGCAGGAGGUGCUGCGCGGCCGCGACUACCUUGCGGGCUCCGCGUGGCUCCUGCGCGUGCCGCCGCCCCUGCUGGCGCGCGCCAGGCGCAUUUACCUGUGGGUCGCGCCGCGCGGCAAGCCCGGCGGGGACGGCGGCACGCCCGCGUGGACAGCAGCUUCUGUCCAGUGGCUGCGACACUGGCCGGCGCCCGGCAUGGCGGCGGCGGCCGCGCCGCGGCGCGAUCCCGACGCUGGCGAAGGCGAAGCGCGGCUGGCGCCCUGGUCCGUGCUGCUGCCGGCGCGACGGGCGGCGGGGGGCCCCGCGGUCGUGCAUCUGCAGCUGCGGUGGCCGUGGCUGUCUCGCCACCUCAGCCUCCGCUGGGCCGCCUCUCGGCCGGCCGCCGCGCAGCAGGCGCGCCUGCCGUGGCUGCGGCGCGCACACCCUCACGGCGGCGCCCCAGGGGACGGCGACGGCGGCGCCGCGCCGGCGGCCGGCUGCUGGCGGCCGGCGCUGGUGUCGUCCGACGCGAGCGGCGACGACGAGCACGUGCGCGCGAAUAUGAGCGCCCUGCCCCUCCACUUCCACCUGCACGCGUGGCCGGGCGCGCACGAGGGCGGCGGCGGCGCGCCGAUGAUUGUGGCGGUGCUGGACCCGAGGUGCAAUUACUCCCUGUGGCUGGGCCUGGACGUGUUUGCGCCGCUGUGGACGCUUCUGCUGGGGUGA